AUGGCCAUUGAAUUUACCGAUACCAACCUUUUCUUUCGUCUUUAUUCGUUUCUUUUCGUCUCACUUUCAACAGCCUUUCAUUUUCAGCUGUCUUUUCAAUUAUUUCAACCCUGUUCAUUUUUAAUUACACAUCCUUUGAAUAUUAAUCUUUCAUCUUUUUUCUUUUUUUUUUCUUCCUCUUUGAUUAUAGCCUUUUUUUUCUUCCUCUCCGAUCAUAGCCUUAUUCCUUUCUCUCCAAUCAUAGCCUAUCUUUCUUUCUCUCCGAUCAUAGCUUUUUUUUCUUUCUCUCCAAUCAUAGCCUUUUUUUCUUCCUAUCCACCUAUCUUUCUUUCUCCCCGAUCAUAUUUUUUUUUUUCUUUCUCUCCGAUCAUAGCCUAUUUUUUCUUCCUAUCCAAUCAUAGCCUAUCUUUCUUUCUCUCCGAUCAUAGCCUUUUUUUUUCUUUCUCUCCGAUCAUAGCCUAUUUUUCUUCCUAUCCAAUCAUAGCUCAUCUUUCUUUUCUCUCCGAUCAUAGCCUUUUUUUUUUCUCUCCAAUCAUAGCCUUUUUUUCUUCCUAUCCAAUCAUAGCCUAUCUUUCUUUCUCUCCGAUCAUAGCCUUUUUUUCUUUCUCUCCAAUCAUAGCCUUUUUUCUUCCUAUCCAAUCAUAG